CUCUUGUCAUCCUAAGUGAGAAGGCCAGGCCAAGAUCGUGUAAGAAUUGACAAUGUUGAACCCAAGUCCGUCGUUCUAGCGGGGUCGACCAGGUGACACUAAGGUAGUAUAUACCCGUCCGUAACCUGCAUCCCACAACACUGCUACCGUAAGAUUCAAACCUCACUCAAAAAGGGAAUUCCAGUAAUCUCUCGCUCAGCAGGCAAAGCUGGAAGGCGUGAAACACCAUGGCAGAAGCAGCCAAGCAACGUGUCCAGGCUAUCGGGAAUCAGCUCGCCCCCGAAGGCAGCAUUCCGCCGAUAGCCAAAGUCGCACCCGGUGGGCCACGGGUUGCCGGGAAGGUGGUCAUUAUUACCGGUGCCAACUCCGUCCUCGGCAUCGGCCGCGCCUCGGCGCAUCAGUUUGCCGAGAACGGCGCCAAGGCCGUCUACAUCUGCGACUACGACGACUCCAACCUCGAGGCGCUCAAGCGCGAGAUCAACUCACUAUGGCCCUCGGUCGACGUGCACACACGGCAGUUUGACGCGGCCGACGAGGCCGCGGUGCGCGAGGUCGUCCAGGACGCCGUCCGGCGGUACGGGCGGCUGGACGUCUUCUUCGCCAACGCAGGACAGACAGGCCCCGUGGUAAACUUCAGCCAGAUCGAGCCGGACGAGUUCAUGGAGACCUUCCGGGUCAACUCGCUGAGCGUGUUCCUCGCGGCCAAGCACGCCGCGCCCGCCAUGCAACUCACCUCGGCCUCCAAACCGGCCGCGUCGGGCAGCAUCAUCGCCACGGCCUCGGUGGCGGGCUUGCGGUCCAACGCCGGCGGGACCCCGUACUCGGCGUCCAAGGCGGCCGUCGUCUCAAUCGCGCAGACAGUGGCGUUCCAGCUGGCCGGCACGGGCGUGCGCAUCAAUGCGCUCUGCCCGGGCCUGAUCGAGACGGGCAUGACGGCGCCCGUCUUCGACGCCGCUCGCGCCCGGGGCACCCAGGGCCGCAUCGGCCAGCUGAACCCGCUCAGGCGGGCCGGGCACGCGGACGAGAUUGCCCGCGUGGCGCUGUUCCUGGGCAGCGACGAGAGCAGCUACGUCAAUGGCCAGGCUUGGGCGGUUGAUGGUGGGCUGAGCUCUGGCCUUCCUUAUGUUCCUGGGAGGUUGGCGUGAUGAGGGGGGUUCAUUGGGUUGUAUGCUUUUAGCAGAUGGGAGUUAUAGUCGAUUUUUUGUCAGCAUGUCGGCAGGUCUACUCAAGGGCUAUCAUAAUACAUUCCGGGCCGAGUUGCACGCCCGUGGAAGAUGCGACGGGAAAGGUUUUUCUGAUGAUUCCCGUACCUGAUCAAAAGCUGCGUUAGGGUUAGGGUUAGAUUCAUAUGGAGUGAUCUAAAUUCUAGAAGUU